AUGGUAACCAUCUGUGCACCGCUGGAACCCUUGAGAAACAGGACCCGACCCUCGUCAUCAGCAUAUGAGGACUGCAGAGACCAAGUUGGCAUUCCCCUCCUGAUCCGGGGUGAACCAGUAUUGUCACCACGUGGCAGAAGGCCCAUAUCGGCCUCGAACAGAAACCUGGACAAUUUUCCUCCAGGGAAACCAACCAGAGCCAACAUUGCCAAUAUCUGCAGGAAAACGCGCACCAUAGUGACAUACGGUCCUGAGAACCUCCCUCAGACGGGGUUCUCCCACCUCAGCAGACAAGGCAACGCCAUUAACAGCGUGGAGGAGGGAUACGCCAGGUGCUGCAGUCAAUCUGAGAAACUGCGCUGCGCACUGGAAGUGUGGAAGAAUGGCAUGGACGAUUUCUGCACGGAGGAGUUUUCAGUAAAGACCAGUCACUAUCACUGCUGCAAGAAGAGAGGUGCAGAGAGGGAGCCCUGCUUCAGCGCUGAGGCCCCAAACCCCAACUACAUCAGCUCUGCCCCCCUGCUGGAGGUCGGCGGUGCAGACAGCCCAUCCUUGCCCAGGCCGCGAAGCCUGAAGUCUUGUUCAUCUCACUCACCUAAUUGCCUUGAUAACCCAGAGGGCAAGUACAAGCUUUCCGACUUGGCCUUCCCACCAGGCGAGCCCAAAACCAGCAACAUCCAGAACAUUUGCAAACUGAGGAAAUACCGCCCGCUGUACACUGAAGAUGUACUGCCCAACAGCGGGUUUGGCCACUACGUACGUCGGGCUAAAGCCAUCUACUGGGCAGAGAGUGAAUUGAAAAAGUGCUGCAAGACUGAAGAUGUGGCCUGUGCACAUCGCGGGUGGCAGAAGGCUGUGUCCAAGUUUUGCACCAAAGAGCUGGAAGUGAAGAGCAAGCAUUAUGAAUGUUGUAAGAAGAAAGACCAAGCCAGUAUGUUCCACUGUUUUGCCAGUGAGGCUCCCUUCCCAGAAUAUGACAAAGAGGUGGAGAACCUGAACCUCGGCAACAUCACAGAGAGCAUCUUGGAGAAGGUUUGCGCAGAGUCCAAGCUCCUCACCAAACAGAAACAGUUGCCUCUUCUGGUAUCUGGCCUUAAAGAUUCCUGCUGCAGCCUUCCCCAGGACAAGAAACUGUUAUGUGCACAAGAGCAGAAAGAAAAAUUCAUGAAAACCAUGUGCGGCCCCAAGAAGGACUCUUGGAAGGACACUCAGAACUGCUGCAGCAAGGAUGAACUGGAGAGGGAGGAAUGUUUCAGCUUCUACCUGCAGAAUAUCUCCAUGGCUGUCUCACACAGAAUGAUGGAGGAGUAGGACAAUAGCAGCUCAACUGCAGCUGGACACAUGCCCAGGCAGAUAGCGGCCCUGCACCCAGAACCACGUGGAGGAACCCAUUACACCAAAUUCCAUUGGUUGAUGUCCCUGUGUAAUAUAUGUCAUGAAUCUCAUUUAACCUGGGAGAUGUUAUGUGCCAUUGUGAAAGUGGGUCCAUUCCUAAUUCUAAUCUUUACACAGAAGCCUGUAUGU